AUGGGGCAGUGCUGCUGUUGCCUCCUCUACGCCUACCUCUUCGAACCGCCGGUGGUGAGGGUGCUCAUGUUGGGUCUGGACAACGGCGGCAAGAAGACGAUUCUGGCACGCCUCGGGCGGGUCAUCUCGUUCGAGCCGGCCGUCCACUUCCAGGUGGACACGAUGGACUACAAGGAGCUGUACAUCCGAUCGUGGGACAUUGGUGGCUGCUGGCAGCCCAAGGCCCUCUGGAGGCACUUUUACCAGUACACUGAAGCCGUCAUCUUUGUGGUAGACUGCGGGGAUUACGACAGGAUCUACGACACACGCGACGCGAUUCACGACAUUCUACGCAGUGCGGAGCUACGUGAUGCCCGUGUUCUCAUCCUCGCCAACAAACAGGAUCUCACCUUUGCAAUGCCUCUGGCUCAAGUCCUUGAAGUGCUGGAAGUUGAGAAGCUGCGCGGUCGUGUGUGGCACGUGCAGCCAACAUGUGCUCUGACCGGAGCCGGGGUCAUUGAGGGCAUUGAAUGGCUCCACAACCAACUCGUUCCGCAGAAGUCCAAAUCGCGGGCUACUUCCUCAGAGACCACGCGAAGAUGGAAGAGGGGUGCAUUGACUUAG